AUGAACUCCCUGAAUAUCCUGUCUUCACGAGUCAUAGGACAGACUUCAUCUUCAAAUCUUACUCGCAAUAGGUCCCAUUCGCAAAGCGACGCCUCUCCGGCAAGUCCGCGUGGGGACCUGGCGAAGGCCCGAUCGUAUAGCGAGCAGCAUUUCCGUUUUAACGAGAAAGAGAACGAGCGAGGCGAUCACGAAACCGAAUCGUCUGAGUUGUUGCAUGAUGGCACAGCCGAGUUUGAUGAAAAGACGCCGCUGCUUCGCGAGUUACAGAAAAAUGCCACGGUACCAGCGCCGACCAAGCUGUUCCUGAUCGCACAACGACUGUUUGAUGCCAUUGCCGAGACGAUCAAGGUAAUUCUAUCGACUCUCGCUGCACCCGGCGUGUACGCUUCUCGAUAUUUCCGAGACGACGAUGGGCACUACUCUGCUGUCGCCCCUCUCAGAAAGAUACGGCGAUCUAUGGCAAGUCUGAGUGGCGACGCUGAAUCGUCGCGCUCCAACACGCCUGUAACAAUGCGCAGCAAACGGGGGAAGGGUGACUCUGAGAAAGUUGGCUCCAGCCGUAGCCGCUCUUCCAAGAAGCUGCGAAAUUCGUCCUCUCAAGAGUCCAUCGCGUCGUCAACUUCGGAAUCGGAGGUUGACCGACAGUUGUUGAAGGUUCCGAGUGCUGGCGGAGUGCGUCAUGCCAGGUCCAAAUCUCAUAACACAGAGCCCUCCACGGAUGAGUCCACACCCCGACGAUCCAUUCGGAUAAAGCUUCAUAGUGAAGAGACCUUCAAACGGCACAAGAAGCGAACCCAGAGUGCGGAUGUUCGCCAGUCUUUGGAUGAUGACCGGUCGAGCGUUGAUGCAACCACUCUUGCAGCGGAAAGUCUGAAAUCACCUACGUCUCCAUCCUCCCACCGAAUUACAAAAUACCCUCAUGCUCCGGUUCCUCCUCGUCCUUUGAUCCCUCCCCGUCAACCCUCCUACACGUGGUCUAGCGGCCGAGGUCCGAACAAGGUCCCCCAAAAGACUCUUGUUCUGGAUCUUGAUGAAACUCUGAUCCAUUCGUUGGCCAAAGGUGGCCGUAUGUCGAGCGGCCACAUGGUUGAGGUCAAGCUUACUACCCCUAUGACCGCGUCGGUCGCUCCGGGAGAACCUCCAACAACACUAGGGCCUCAGCAUCCGAUCCUGUACUAUGUCCACAAACGGCCGCACUGCGAUGAAUUCCUCCGCAAGGUUUGCAAAUGGUAUAAACUGGUCAUCUUCACAGCCAGCGUCCAAGAGUACGCAGACCCAGUCAUCGACUGGCUCGAGCAGGAGCGCAAGUUUUUCCAGGCUCGGUAUUACCGGCAACACUGCACGUUGCGGAAUGGAGCCUUCAUCAAAGACCUCAGCUCUGUAGAGCCGGACUUGAGUAAGGUGAUGAUCCUGGACAACAGUCCGAUAAGCUACAUAUUCCACGAAGACAACGCUAUACCGAUCAAAGGCUGGAUCAGUGAUCCCACGGACAAUGGGCUGCUCAAUCUCAUUCCGAUGCUGGAGGCUCUGCAUGUUAUCAAUCAUACCCAGUAUUUGUUGUUUCCCUUCAUGAGUUUUUUGUUUUCCCCAUCGCAAGACUUCUUUACUGGCGUUCUACGGGUUUUUGGUUCUGCAACUUCCGGGUAUGGAAGCUCAUCUACCUAG